GAGGGUUUUUGCAUUCCCCUUCAAUCCUUCACAAUCUUCCUUCCAACAAUCGCCUCACCCAACGAAACUCCUUUUGGGUUUUCAGUAUCAUGGCUCCUGUCUUGAGCAGAAGUUUGACCCAUGCUUCUGUAGCCUCACUCCCUUAUUCUCCACUCUUAUCUUCAAAGACCAAUACCCAGAAUCGCCUGUCUUUGAGAAGUGCAUUUUUGCAUCAAAAUGGUCUGAAAACCAACAGCUUUUCUUGCUCUGGGUUGAGGUGGAAAGUGGACAAAAGAGGUAGCAGUGUGGUGGUGAGGUGUGAGGCUUCUGCUGUUGCUGAAAAAGAAGCCCCUGAGGCUUCUGGUGAGAAGCAUGAAUAUCAAGCUGAGGUUUCUCGGUUGAUGAAUCUAAUUGUUCAUAGUUUAUACAGCCACAAGGAAAUAUUCCUCCGGGAGCUUGUGAGUAAUGCAAGUGACGCUCUUGAUAAACUGAGAUUCUUAAGUGUAACGGACCCCUCCUUGCUUGGAGAUGCUGGCGAGCUAGAGAUUCGUAUCAAACCUGAUCCAGAAAAAGGGACCAUCACAAUUUCAGAUACUGGUAUUGGAAUGACCAAAGAGGAACUAAUAGACUGCCUUGGAACUAUUGCUCAAAGUGGCACUUCUAAGUUCUUGAAUGCUCUUAAGGAGAACAAGGAUCUUGGAAAUGACAACAGUUUGAUUGGUCAAUUUGGUGUGGGGUUCUAUUCGGCUUUUCUGGUUGCUGAGAAGGUAAUUGUGUCCACAAGGAGCCCCAAGUCAGACAAGCAAUACAUUUGGGAAGCAGCAGCUGAUAGUAGCUCGUACGUGAUUAGAGAAGAAACUGAUCCUGAGAAGCAGCUUCGCCGUGGAACAGAAAUAACACUUUAUUUGAAGGAUGAUGACAAAUACGAGUUCACUGAGCCAAGCAGGGUUCAGGGUUUGGUGAAAAACUACUCGCAAUUUGUUUCAUUCCCUAUAUUCACAUGGCAAGAGAAAUCAAGGACAGUUGAGGUAGAGGAGGAAGAAGAACCAAAGGAGGGAGAAGAAACACCACCGGAGGGUGAGAAUAAGAAGAAGAAGACUAAAACCGAAAAAUAUUGGGAUUGGGAACUGGCCAACGAGACAAAACCUAUAUGGAUGAGGAAUCCCAAGGAAGUUGAAAAGGAUCAAUACAACGAGUUUUACAAGAAGACAUUCAACGAGUUUCUAGAUCCUAUUGCUUGCACACACUUUACCACUGAGGGUGAAGUGGAGUUUAGAAGUGUAAUCUACAUCCCUGGAAUGGCACCGAUGAACAAUGAAGAUGUAGUAAAUCCCAAAACAAAGAAUAUACGUCUGUAUGUGAAGCGGGUGUUCAUUUCAGAUGAUUUUGACGGUGAGCUGUUCCCCAGAUACUUGAGCUUCGUAAAGGGUGUGGUGGAUUCAAAUGAUCUUCCUCUCAAUGUUUCACGAGAGAUUCUUCAAGAAAGUCGAAUUGUGAGAAUAAUGCGAAAGAGGCUUGUUAGGAAAACUUUUGACAUGAUACAAGAACUUGCUGAUAGUGAGAACAAGGAGGAUUACCGAAAAUUUUGGGAAAAUUUUGGCAAGUUUGUGAAGUUGGGAUGCAUCGAGGACACUGGAAAUCAUAAACGAAUAACCCCACUGCUGCGUUUUUUCUCAUCUAAGAGCGAGGACGAGCUAAUAAGCUUAGAUGAGUAUAUUGACAACAUGGAUGAGAAGCAAAAUGCCAUCUAUUAUAUUGCAACAGACAGCUUGAAAAGUGCCAAGUCUGCUCCUUUCUUGGAGAAAUUGGUGCAGAAGGAUAUUGAAGUACUAUAUUUAGUCGAGCCUAUUGAUGAAGUGGCCAUUCAGAAUCUUCAGACAUAUAAAGAGAAGAAAUUUGUUGAUGUGAGCAAGGAAGAUCUUGAGCUUGGUGAUACCGAUGAGGUUAAAGAGCGAGAAAAUAAGCAAGAAUAUAUCCUCCUUUGUGACUGGAUGAAGCAACAGCUUGGUGACAAAGUUUCCAAAGUACAAGUUUCAAACCGUUUGAGCUCUUCCCCAUGUGUUCUUGUGUCGGGCAAGUUUGGAUGGUCUGCUAAUAUGGAACGGUUGAUGAGAGCUCAGACUCUUGGAGACACCUCAACCUUGGAAUUCAUGAGGGGAAGAAGAAUAAUGGAAGUCAACCCUGACCACCCUAUCAUCAAGGACUUAAGUGCUGCAUGCAAAAACGAACCAGAAAACAACGAGGCUAGGAGAGCUGUGGAACUCUUAUAUGAAACAGCUUUGAUCUCGAGUGGUUUCACUCCUGAUAGUCCAGCUGAGUUGGGAGGCAAGAUUUAUGAGAUGAUGGCGGUUGCCCUUGGCGGAAGAUGGGGAAGAGUCGAGGAAGAUGAAGCUGCCGCUGCUGCUGAUUCAACAACAGAAUCAACUUCAGACUCAACAUCUGAAGGCACUGAGACAGAAGUGGUGGAGCCAUCGGAAGUGAGGGCGGAAACCGAUCCCUGGAGUACUUGAUUUUAGGCAUGCAAUUUGUGUUUAUGGUGCAUCCAAUUUCACAGAAAGAUGAUUAGAGGAGAGUGGUAGAAAUUUUGGACCGAUUUGUUCUUAUUCAUAAUGACCCUUUUUGGGAUUAGCACUGAGAAAGUUAUUCGGUUGCGGUAACUUUAUUUUUUCAAAUGCAGGUAUCGAAUUCUCGAUCAUCGGUCUAGGACACUCGAUGUGGAAGGUGUAGCGCUCUUCUGUUUAUCGAGUGAUGUUUUGAAAGAUUGAUUGAAA